GUAAACAAAGCUACUUGUCAACUACCAGAGAAUACUUUCAUCAUAAAUGAACUCUCCAGUAAGUUGAACUUUAUUGAAGAAAGAAAAAUAAUGUUCCAGAGAGAUAACUACCUGAUAACUGCAGGAAACUUCAGUCCCAUUAUUUUCAGUGAAUUUCCAUUUAUCUUUAAUUUGCUAUCCAAAAUUAAAUUAUGGCAAGCUGAUUCCUUUUUGAAAAAACUGGGGUCACAAAUUACACAUAUGUUUUCACCCCAAUUUUUACUUCAAGUCAGACGAAGUCACCUAGUUGAUGAUGCUCUGCGUCAAUUAGACCAAGCUGCAGUCACUGACCUUCGGAAAGAAUUGGCGAUUGAAUUUAUUAACGAAAUAAGUUCUGUGGGCUAUGGGGUAAAGUCCGAGUUCUUCUACUUCAUAUUUCAAGAGAUGACCAAGACAGAAUAUGGAAUGUUCAUGUAUCCUGAAGAGGGUUCCUACAUGUGGUUUCCUAUCAGU